AUAAUAAAAUUAGGCUUUUAUUUUUUGGAAGAUGUAUCAUGCCGCUGGAGCCUGGAAAGAGGAGAGAUAUUCUAAGAGGAAUUCCCGAAAAAGAUAAGCAGAAGCAGACGAGUUGGAGAUGGAAAUUUGGAAGGGGAGAUUGGGAAAUUUGGGGCAGAAUAAGGCGUAAAAAACACCAUUUUUCGCCGGUGGGAUGGAAAGUUUUCAUCUGCCGUGGGAUCGUGGUGGAUGUGACUACUAAGCUUUCCGUGGCAGUUCGAUGGGACGGGAAUGGCUCCAAAAUUUCGCGUAAAUCCCCAACUACAGUCCGCCGCCUGUCUUUCCGCAGGAUAUGCUUUGGAGGAAGAACUUGGGUUCAUGAAGAGAGUAGGAAGGAUGGCAGAGGACAAAAAUAUAAUUCAUUGAAGAUCUAUCUGAUUGGGUAAGACCAAAGCUCCCUAGCUUACCAG